UCUGCCGCUGUCCUGUCUGCUCCGCCGCCCGCCCGGUGUCUCCCUCCCCGGACCCGAAGCCUGCGCCUCCUCGCUCCUCGCUCACCGCCCCGGCUCCCGAACCCCUUCAUCCCGCGGCGUGCACCAUGACGGGCAUCGCGGCGGCGUCGUUCUUCUCCAAUUCCUGCAGGUUCGGGGGCUGCGGUCUCCAGUUCGAGUCUUUGGCCGAGCUCAUCGUCCACAUCGAGGACAAUCACAUCGACACAGACCCGCGGGUUCUGGAGAAGCAGGAGCAACAGCAGCCCACCUACCUGGCCCUGAGCUACAUCAACAGGUUCAUGACGGACGCGGCGCGCAGGGAGCAGGAAACCAUGAAGAAGAAAGCCACGCCCAAACUGUCCCUGUCCAUCAGCGGGGGCGUGUCCAGGAACAGCACGGCCACGCCCCCUCGCCACACCAGCGGCAACCUGACCCCGCCCGUGACCCCGCCCAUCACGCCGUCCAGCUCCUUCCGCAGCAGCACCCCCACAGGCAGUGAGUACGACGAGGAGGAGGCAGACUUCGAGGAGUCGGACAGUGAUGAGUCGUGGACCACAGAGAGCGCCAUCAGCUCCGAGUCCAUCCUCAGCUCCAUGUGCAUGAACGGAGGAGAGGAGAAGCCCUUCGCCUGCCCCGUGCCCGGCUGCAAGAAGAGAUACAAGAAUGUAAACGGGAUCAAGUACCACGCCAAGAACGGCCACCGCACCCAGAUCCGCGUCCGAAAGCCCUUCAAGUGUCGCUGUGGGAAAAGCUAUAAGACCUCGCAGGGUCUGAGGCACCACACCAUCAACUUCCACCCGCCCGUCUCCACCGACAUCCUGCGCAAGAUCCAGGGCUAGUCCCAGAGUCCUGGA